UUCUUCUUCUUCUUCCUGGUUUUUAGUUCUAACUUGCAUAUUAAACACAGAUCACAUCAAUGGCAGCAAUAGAAGGAGUAGAGGAUUCAACAAAACCAAACAAGUAUGCAGUUGCAUGUGCCAUAGUUGCUUCAAUGAUUUCUAUUAUAUUUGGCUAUGAUACUGGUGUAAUGAGUGGAGCAAUGAUAUUCAUAGAAGAUGAUCUUAAAAUCCAUGAUACACAAGUCGAAGUUCUCGCCGGAAUCUUGAAUAUAUGCGCCUUAGUCGGCUCCCUUAUCGCGGGAAGAACAUCAGAUUACAUCGGCAGACGAUAUACAAUUGUUAUGGCAUGCAUCAUCUUCAUGAUUGGUUCAGUUCUAAUGGGAUAUGGUCCAAAUUAUGGAAUAUUAUUAACAGGAAGAUGCAUAGCAGGAAUUGGAGUUGGUUUUGCUUUAAUGAUUGCUCCAGUUUAUUCAGCAGAAAUUUCAUCACCAUCAUCAAGAGGUUUCUUAACAUCUUUACCUGAACUUGGUAUAAGUAUUGGAAUUUUACUUGGUUACAUUUCAAAUGUUUCAUUUGGUAAAUUAACUCUUAAACUUGGUUGGAGAAUUAUGCUUGGAAUUGCUGCUAUACCUUCGAUUGCAUUAGUUUUUGGGAUUCUACAAAUGCCAGAGUCUCCAAGAUGGUUAGUUAUGCAAGGUCGUCUCGGAGAAGCCAAGAAAAUCCUGCUCCGAAUCUCAAAUUCCGAAGAAGAAGCUGAAACCCGUUUUCGCGACAUAAAAAUCGCAGCCGGAAUCGACAAGAAUUGCGAUGACGAUUUCAUCAAGAUCAAUAACAAAACUAAUGGUAAAGGAGUUUGGAAGGAACUAAUUCUACGGCCAACACCAGCUGUCAGAUGGAUACUAAUCGCAGCUGUCGGAAUCCAUUUCUUCGAACACGCAGUUGGUAUCGAGGCAGUCGUACUAUACAGUCCGAGAAUAUUCAAGAAAGCCGGCGUAUCCGGAAAGGAAAAGCUCUUGCUUGCAACUGUCGGUGUAGGACUAACAAAGUUUGUUUUUAUAGUCAUCGCUACGUUUUUACUCGACAGAGUUGGACGAAGGCGGUUACUCCUAAUAAGCGCGUCGGGAAUUUUCGUAUUCCUGACGCUAUUAGGAGCGUGCCUGACUGUCGUGGAGUAUCACGCAGGAUCAGGGGAUCUGAUGUGGGCAUUGGUUUUGAGCAUAGUAUCAACCUAUACAUUUGUGGCAUUUUUCAAUAUUGGACUAUCACCAGUGACAUGGGUCUACAGUUCUGAAAUAUUUCCAUUGAAAUUAAGGGCACAAGGGUAUAGCAUUGGAGUUGCUGUGAAUAGGCUUAUGAAUGCUACAAUUUCUAUGAGUUUUAUAUCAUUGUAUAAAGCAAUUACUAUAGGGGGAGCUUUUUUCUUGUUUGCUGGUAUAUCUUUUUGUGCUUUGCUUUUCUUUUAUUUUCUUUUUCCUGAGACUAAGGGUAGGUCCUUGGAAGAUAUGGAAGAACUAUUUAGUAAGGGUUUCAGGGCUAGAAAUGAGAAUUUGGAACUUCAACCAAAAUGUGGUAAUGUGUAAUUAAGUAAUGAGUUUUGAUUUAAUUAA